UUGAAAAGUACUUAAAUAUUGAGUUUGAGUUAUGCCUACCGUUCUUCAAUUUAUGUGUAUAUAUAUAGAGACGUCUCUUCUUUCCAAUUUAUAUAUUCUUCUUCUUCUCAACUACACUAUCUUAGUCAAGCCCAGAACACUACACAAUGGGGUUUAGAGAGGUUUGGGUGUUGUCAAUAAUGCUUGCAAUUUCAAGUGCUGUUGUGGAUCAACAAACUUACAUUAUUCACAUGGACACCACAAAGAUGGUAACCCCCAACCCUGAACAAUGGUACACAGACAUUAUUGAUUCUGUCAAUGAACUCUCGUCUCUCGACGACAAUGAAGAAGCAUCAAAUGCUGCAGAGAUUCUCCAUGUUUACAAAACUGCCCUGUCAGGUUUUGCUGCAAAACUCACCUCAAAAAAACUGCAUUCUUUGAGCAAAAUUCCAGGGUUUCUAGCUGCCACUCCAAAUGAGCUACUGCAACUUCACACCACUCACUCUCCUCAGUUUCUUGGCCUACAAAGAGACCAUGGCCUUUGGAAUUUCUCAAACCUAGCUUCUGAUAUAAUUAUUGGUUUGCUUGACACUGGCAUUUGGCCUGAGCAUAUAAGUUUUCAAGACAAGGGUCUUUCCUCUGUGCCCUUAAAAUGGAAAGGCAUUUGCCAAACAGGCCCAAGGUUCUCUUCUUCUAAUUGUAACAAAAAGCUCAUUGGAGCAAGUGCUUACAUUAAAGGAUACGAGGCCAUCGUCGGUAGAUUGAACGAAACAGGGACUUUCCGAUCCCCCCGAGACUCGGAUGGCCACGGGACACACACGGCUUCUACUGCUGCAGGAAGCAUUGUUGAUAACGCAAGCUUUUAUAACCAAGGCAUGGGAGUAGCCUCUGGAAUGAGGUUCACCUCAAGAAUCGUAGCAUACAAAGUAUGUUGGCCUCUAGGCUGUGCGAAUGCCGAUAUUCUCGCAGCUAUGGACAGCGCCGUUGCUGAUGGAGUCGAUGUUUUAUCACUCUCUUUGGGAGGCGGUUCUAGUUCUUUUUACAAAGAUAAUAUUGCCAUAGCAGCAUUUGGUGCUAUUCAAAAAGGGGUUUUUGUUUCAUGUUCAGCUGGUAAUUCUGGUCCGUCACCCUCAACUGUUGGUAAUGCAGCCCCAUGGAUCAUGACAGUCGCUGCUAGUUACACCGACAGAACUUUCCCAACCACUGUCAAACUUGGAAAUGGGCAAGUUUUUGAAGGCUCUUCUUUGUAUUAUGGCAAGAGCAUAAAUGAACUCCCGCUUGUUUAUAACAAUACUGCUGGUGAUGGACAAGAAACAAAUGUUUGCAUUGCUGGUUCCCUUGACCCAUCAAUGGUGAAGGGAAAAAUUGUUAUAUGUGAAAGAGGAACAAUCUCAAGAACUAAAAAAGGAGAGCAAGUGAAGUUAGCUGGAGGAGCUGGAAUGAUUUUAAUUAAUACACAAUUUGAAGGUGAAGAGCUUUUUGCUGACCCUCAUGUUUUGCCAGCAACUACUCUCGGAGCUUCAGCUGGCAAAGCCAUCUUAGACUAUAUAGCAUCCUCGAAAACACAAGCAAAAGCUUCGAUUGUGUUCGAAGGGACUAAAUAUGGAAGUCAAGCACCGAGAGUUGCAGCAUUUUCUUCUCGAGGGCCAAGUUUAGUUGGACCUGAUGUUAUAAAGCCAGACGUAACGGCACCUGGUGUUAAUAUAUUAGCUGCUUGGCCUCCAAUUGUUAGCCCGAGUGAGCUCGCGUCUGAUACAAGAAGAGUGAUGUUCAACAUCAUUUCAGGGACUUCUAUGUCUUGCCCUCAUGUUAGCGGUUUAGCUGCAUUGCUUAAAUCGGCUCACAACGAUUGGUCGCCUGCUGCGAUUAAAUCUGCGCUCAUGACCACUGCCUACGUUACUGACAACAAAAUGAGUCUCAUUUCUGACGUCGGUCAAGCUAAUGGCGAACCGGCAACCCCCUUUACAUUUGGUUCUGGCCAUGUCGAUCCCGAGAAAGCAUCGGAUCCCGGGCUCAUCUACGAUAUCACACCCCAAGAUUACAUAAACUACUUAUGUAGCUUGAAGUAUAACUCAUCACAAAUUGCUUUAGUUUCAAGAGGGAAUUUCACUUGUUCAUCAAAAAGAACAGUUGUUAAGCCAGGAGACUUGAACUACCCUUCUUUCUCUGUGUUCAUGAAGAAGAAGGCCAAAAAAGUCAGUAUUACAUUGAAAAGAACGGUGACAAAUGUUGGUAUCACAAGGAGUGAUUACACUGUUAAAAUCAACAAUCCAAAAGGAGUAACAGUUAUUGUGAAGCCUGAGAAGUUAAGUUUUGGGAGUUUGGGAGAGCAGUUGAGUUACAAAGUGAGUUUUGUUUCAUUAGGAGGAAAGGAAGCUUUGGAUAAGUUUUCCUUUGGAUCUCUUGUUUGGAUCUCAGAAAAAUAUGCUGUUAGAAGUCCUAUAGUAGUAACUUGGCAAUAGAUAGAAGGAUGAUGUGGCUGCACUCUGGUAAUGCCCUCUAAGUUUAAUUUUAACUAAUUUAUAAGACAUAAAACUUUGAGUUUUUAAUGUCAACCCAUGAAAAUUUCACAUGUCAUGUGAUAAUGUAAUGCCUGUGCCCAAAACUAGGGACAAUAAUACUAUUAUAAAGCUUAUAAAACAA